CGGCAGCCUGCGCGACUUAGGACCUGCAAUAACGCUAUCUUUGCUCCUGGCCGGACUCUAAGGCUCAGUUUCUCGGCGCUGCGCUGCGGCGCGUAGCCCUUAUCGCAAGCGAACGGUCGCGUCAAGACUGAUAAGUCUGCGAGAUGGCAGCCGAUUUUGGUCCUUACGGCCGGAAAUCUCUCCGGAUUGGAGCGGCGGGAAGCCGUCCGUCCGUCUGAGGUUGCCACUCGUCGCCGCCGACGGACACGCCGCGUCGCCGCCGUCGGUCCGCCGCCGCCGGAGACGAGCGGCCGCCAUGAAGGAGCCGGCAGCGGCCGUGCUCGGCUCCGCGGCCAGCGCGUUCCGCGUGGUGACUCCUCGAGACAAGCCGGACGCGGGCCGCGAUGAGGCGCCGGCCGGCCCGUUCGGCUCUCUGCACCAGACGCCGCCAUCUUUGGCAGAGCGACGUCUCGAGGAGCAGCUACGGUCCACAUCGAUCUCGCUCGGGCCGGCCGCCGAGGCCGCCCAUCUCAGCAUGACAAAACUGGGCGGGCCGCUGGACUCUCUGUACCGGUACCCGCUGGAGGCGCCGCUGCCGUUCCGCGCCGGCUGGCCGCUGCUGCCGCCGCUCUGCUGGUCGCUGCCGCCGUACGGCCUGACACCGGCCCCGCCGCGCUCCGGAUCCCCGUCCACCAGCGCCGGGGGCAGGUCGGCCUCGGACGGCGAGGAGCCGCCCCCGCCGCCGCUGGUACCGCCCCCGCCCCCGCCGCCGCCACUGCCGCCGCCGGUGUGCUCGGCCGCAGGGAGGUCCCCGGCGGAGGAGCCGCUGAAGCUGUCCCCUCUGACGCCGAUGACCAGCGCCGGCCGGUCGCCGUCCUACCUGUCCCCGCCUCACUCGGCGCUGGCCGGCCGGUCCUCUCCAAUGGACCCGCUGAAGCCGGCUCCUCUGGAGGCGCGGCCGACCACCAAACUACCCCAACCCUACCUGCCUCCCCCGCGCUCCCUGCUGCCACCACUGGCGUGGCUGCACCCUCUGUUACUGCGGGACAAAGAGGAGCAGGAGCGGCUGAGGAGCUACCUGCUGCAGCCGCCGCCGCCGCUCUACCCGCCGAUCUCGGUCGGCGAGCGGCCCCUCGACCUGGAGAGGUCGCUGGGCCCGGCGCUGCUGCCGCCCAAGCCGCCGCCGGAGCCGCUGAUGUACGACCCGUGGAGGUCGGCGCUGCCGCCGCCCUCCGGCCCGCUGCGGCCCCUCAUCGGCGAGCUCUUCAGCUGCGCAAAGUGCCAGAAGAUGUUCAGCACGCCGCACGGCCUGGAGGUGCACGCCCGCAGGAGUCACAACGGCAAGAGGCCCUUCUCCUGCGACCACUGCAGCAAGACGUUCGGCCACGAGGUCAGCUUGUCGCAGCAUAGAGCGGUGCAUUCGGUGGAGAAGGUCUUCGAAUGCAAACAGUGCGGGAAGCAGUUCAAGCGUUCCUCGACGCUGUCGACGCACCUUCUAAUUCACUCAGAUACCCGGCCAUACCCGUGCCAGUACUGCGGCAAGCGCUUCCACCAGAAGUCCGACAUGAAGAAGCACACCUACAUCCACACCGGCGAGCGGCCACACAAGUGUAAAGUCUGCGGCAAGGCCUUCUCCCAGUCGUCAAACCUCAUCACCCACUCGAGGAAACAUACUGGGUUCAAGCCGUUCUCGUGUGAGCUCUGCAGUCGCGCGUUCCAGCGCAAGGUCGACCUGCGGCGCCACAAGGAGACUCAGCACACAGAGCCCCAGCAGGGCUACCCGCUGACCGGCCUGGCGCCGCCCACCGGCCUGCUGUCGCCCCCCGACCCGGCGACCUCCGUGGCCGAGUUGCCAACCCCUGCACCCCUGCCGGCGCCGCCCCCGCAGGACCGGCAGACGGAACUGGUCCAACUGCCCCCGCCCGCGCCACGGCAGGAGGCGCAGACGGGACCGGCCCAGCCACCCCCUCCGCCGUCUCAGCAGACCUCGCAGCAGCAGCAGCAGCAGCAGCAACAGCAGCACCAGCAGCAGCAGCAGCAGCAGCAGCAGCAGCACCAGCAGCAGCAGCACCAGCACCAGCACCAGCAGCAGCAGCAGCAGCCGUCUGCUGACGUUGAGAUGGCCAGUGGCCAGGUGGCCAUCAAUGUCGCUCCUCCGUAGGUUGUAUAGUUUAGCUGGACACUACUAGAAAGUGGAUGAAUGAGGAGAUAACAUGAGAUCAGACUGCGCGGUUUCGACGAAGGACUCAAUAUUGAAGCUUUCGACGUGCCAUCGUGUUGCGGUGGUUGAGUGUAUUUAUCUUUUGAACUUCCUGGCUACUACUUCCCAUAGGCCGGGCACUGUGCGAUUGCGCGACAAUGCAGGCCUACCAUUGAAAGCAUGGAGGCUUGCCCGUAUUAUAUUUGUGCAAUAAUGACUGAUUGGAGAAUGAGCAAGCGAGAAAGAACUGUUGUCUGUAGUUUUCAUAUCAUCUGCAGUUCAUGCAUCCCAUAACAUGUGUCCCCGUAAUUCCAUCUAGCUCUAGCUUUGCUUGGGCACCAAAAUAGCAUGCUGCAUAGCUUUAGAUGGUUAUUGCCGUCAAUCGGCACAGGGUUCCGAGUAAUAAAUGCCCCAUUUCGUCA